AUGAGUGCUGCACUCUGGUACGCGAUUUUUGCUCUGCUGCUGUUUCACCAAGGAUCAACUUUAUAUUUAGAGCAGAAUUGCGGGAUAGGUUCUGUAUUUAGUCCCAAUCCAUGGCUGGUCAAAAUUCUUCCUGAUCCGAGUUCAAAUAUCACAUGCACUGGCUCGCUUAUCAACGAACGCUUUGUCUUGACCGCAGCGAGUUGCAUAGAUAACAAAACUAAACUCUUGCUUCGCUUGGGAGAGGGUUUUGUACGUGGGUACAGUAAAUAUCAAUAUGAAGAAAUCAGUGCUACGAAGGCGAUCGUACAUAGGCUAUAUACCUCAACAACAUAUGAGCAUAAUAUAGCUUUGGUUCGAUUGGCAACAAGUGUUGUAUACAAAAAAAAUAUAAAACCGAUAUGCAUUAUUGUAAACGUGGAAAAAGUACCGAAAGCUCCUACCUUUGAGAUAGAAAUUAAAAAAAGUGAAGUGCCUAAAAAGGACAAAGUUAACAUCUUCAAACAAUUUUCCAAGUGGAUUUCCAAGUUCUUUACAGGGACAUUUCCAGAUCAAAAAUCCAAAGUCAAUAAACCCCCCGAGGCCUUAGCAAUUGGGUCGCCACUCACCAAAAAAAUCGACAAUUCGGAAGUAGUUCAUCAAUAUGGCAUUCUGAGCCAUCAUAAUACCGAAACAAUGAAGGACGUCUAUACCAAUGUGAUGGCCUACGCCGAUUGGAUAAUACCAAUCGCACUUGAUGUGCAUAUAAUCAUGGCCUAA